AUGAAUCCCAAGUACGCUCUUGCAAUGCUUUGGCCAACGGCCAUUGUAGCCCUCACCGCUACCAACAGUUCUACCUCUUCAAUUCUCUUGGAUAGCCAAGACCAAAUCUUCUCAGUAGAUGACUUGCAGUAUCUCGCUAUCACCUCUGAUAUCCUUUCUUCUGUUUCAUACUCCUCAGAUCCCGCCCAGGGACCUGUUACCUACAUCUCCGGUCUGCUCUCCAGUACCACUGGUGAUGAGCUUGAAAACAUCAUCAAGAUCUCACUGGAGCAAGAUGAUGUUUUCUCUGAGACCUUCCUCCAGACCGUUCUUGUCAAUGCGGCUGAUGAAGGAGAUCUUGACUCUUCUGUCGUGAGCUACUUUAGUAGCAUCGACGCAACCGUCAUCUAUGGAGGAGAGGAUGGCCCAAGUCUCUGUGGCAACUCUACAUUGACUCCGUGCCCUCUGUUUGGUCUUGCAAACGGCGGUACCCUCAGUUUGAGCAAAGUCUUCCGCUUGUAUGUCGACACCUACAGAACAUUCAUGGUCGGCACAUAUGAAGCGGGAGAUGGCUAUCGUACUUUGCCUUAUUCAAACUCAGAAUGGGGCGGUCCAACUAUCCCUGUCCCCUCGAGACUUUACAGCAUUGAAGAUGACAGACCUCUUGCUGGAAAGCGACUUGGAGUCAAGGAUAUUUACGAUCUUGAGGGCAUACAGACAACGGCUGGUAGCUUAGCCUACGCCUCCCUCCACUCCAAGGCUGAUACAACAGCCCCAGCUCUCCAGCGCAUCAUUGAUCAGGGCGGAGUAGUAGUCGGAAAGCAGAAAACAGCCCAGUUCGCCUCGCCUCAAAGCCCUUGGGACUGGAACGACGCGUUCUACCCUCGCAAUCCCCGCGGCGAUACGUUCCUGACCUGCUCUGCAUCCUCUGCUGGAAGUGCCUGCUCUAUCGCUGUCUACGACUGGCUUGACUUUGCUGUUGGUACCGACACCGGCAAAUCUAUCAGAGAACCAGCUGCCGUCGCUGGCAUUUUCGGCAACAGACCUUCUCAGGGAAUGAUUUCCAUGGAUAACAUCGUUACCAACGCGUUCAACACUGAUACCGCUGGAGUCUUUGCACGCGAUCCCGUUGCGUGGGCCAAGUUCGCAAAGGCUUGGUACGACCCUUCUCUUCAUCAAGAUACAUCGGUCAAUGGACUCCCUGCGUUGUCAGUUCCUGAUGCCCAGACAUUUCCCAAACGCCUUCUGUACCCUGUUGAUCAUCUGCCGAUGCAGAACCCAGCUGCUGAAGCUAUCCUGCAGAAGUUCCUGACUGAUGUGACGGAUGCUGUUGGUGUCAGUGUCGACAAGAUCAACUUGACACAGACCAUCGAGGAGACCCUAGACCGCCCGUUACAGGGCAUGCUUGAUGACCUCACCGUGCUUUGGACCCACGACUUGAUCACUGAGACGGCCGACCCACUGAUUUCCAACUAUAGCCCUGGUUUCCCUCCUAUCGACGAGCCUUACCGAUCAUUUUUCCGAAAUGCAGUGGUCGACGACAGUAGCUACAAGUCUGCCAUGGCAAAUCGUACUCGUGAUGCAGCUCUUUGGCACAAACAAGUUCUCUUCUCGACCAACAGCUCCUGCUCCGAGUCCAUUCUGCUCUACGACAUCGGCACAGGCGGUCUCCCGUCUUUCCGCGAGCAGGACCUCAAUGACUCCCCCGGGGCCGCAUCACCUGUGGACCCUCGAGGACCCAAAGCGGUGUCGACUAUUUCAUCCUACUUUGGGGACGUCGAUAUCACGGUUACCAUUGGGCAGGUUACUUAUCAGAGCAACGUCACGUUCCAGGAGGAGAUGAUGCCAGUUACUGUUAACAUGGUUGCUAAGAGGGGAUGCGACUUUGUGCUGUUCAAUCUUAUCAACAAGUUGGUAUCCAAAGGGGUUUUGAGUUCGGUAGAUACCGGGAAGCAGCCAUUCCCAGAAUGA